AUGACGCACGAGAACUCGCCCGAGGCAGCGGUGGUAGAAACUGGCAUUGGUGGCCCGGUCAGGGAGAGCACGGACAGGGGCAUUACGGACGCUCCCAUGGCCAGUCUGUUCGAGGUGACCAAGUUGCGCAACAUCAGAAGCGGCACAGGCUUUCACAAGGCAGUCGCGGGUCAGCCACGCGAACCGGACUUUAUAGACGAAGCACGCGUGCCCCUGGAGCAGGCCGAGAGCCUGUUCAACGCACUCAAGGGAACGUUAAAUGCCUAUCUUUGGGUUGGCAUAGCCCUCACUCAUGAUAGCCUCUCCUCUGCACGCGAGUCUUCACCGCUGCUAGCUGCUGCCAUCCUCGCUGUCACGGCCCUCCAUGCACAGGACAACAGUAGCAGCUUCGAUCUAUGCUAUCCAAUAUUCCUUGAGCUGGUGAGCCAAUCCAUGUUCCAGCGCUGCCACAUUCUCGAUGACGUCCGUGGCCUCUGCAUUGGCGCUUUUUGGCUCUCUGACGUUAGCUGGAAGCUGUCUGGCCUGGCCGUCCGCGUCGCCACCGAGCUGAAUCUGCACCACUUCAGAGCGCGCGCUCGACAAGGAGAAGUCUCAACACAUCGACAAGGCUCGUUUAUGUUAUUUGCUAGGAUGUCACCAUUGUGCGGCACGAGAGCUUCCUGGACCUUCCUGGUGCGCAGCAGGCGGGCUAUCGCCUCCACAGCCAAGUCGCUAGUCUUUCGCAUCCUCAGCCGCGUAUAUCAUACGCUUGGGCUGGAACGGUCCAGACUUGUGGCCAACGACGAGUUUGAGAGCAUCCGCCGUCCCAACGUCGCGCAUCCUACAACCAGGACUCGCAUUAUCAUCUACCACCACCUGCCUCGACAGGUCACAGCUUUAUCUCACUGCGAAUCGACCGCCAUGGAUUACGAGAAGGAGAACGUCUCUACCAAGGAGGACACGCUUCAAGCCGACACUGAGCUCGCCGACGCCAUCCGCAGCUAUGUCGUCGGCAACACAGAAGAGCGCAAGCUCAUCUUCUUCCUUGGGUACCUCAUCUGCGAAGUGCCAUCCAGCAUGAUCUUGAGCCGUGUGCCACCGUCCAAGUAUCUUCCCUCAAUCAUGCUUCUUUGGGGCGCCCUCUGUGCCGUCAUGGCCGUGUCCAACUCCUACGGCGCUCUCAUGAGCUUUCGCUUCGUCCUUCGCUGCAUCGAGUCGGGUUUCUUCCCCGGUGUCUUGUACCUCCUGAGAUGCUGGUACACAAAGGCCGAGCUGGGCAAUCGCUUCGCCAUCUUCUACACCGCCGCCGUACUCUCCGGUGCCUUUGGAGGUAUCGUUGCCGGGGCCAUCACCUCUAAUCUCGACAUGGCGCACGGCAUCCGCGGCUGGAAGUGGCUGUUCAUCGUCGAGGGCGCGGUCGCGCUUUUCAUUUACUCUCUAAAUGCCUAUGGUAUUGGGUGA